AUGGUCAUGAUAAAAGUGUACAAGCCAUCAUAUAUGAACCUAUCGUGUGCUCUAUUUCCUUUCAUCCUCUUCGUACAAAUGACAGCCUUGCGGCACACAGGCCAGCAAAGAAAAACAAAAACAAAAACAAAAACAAAUACGUUAUCCCACCUAAUCAUCCCAUUCUUCAUCAAGCUGAUCGAUCAGGCGGUUCUCCUCAUCGACAUCCCGUUGGCCCUGUCUGUGAUUGCUGCCAGCAGCAUUUCUACCUCUUCCACCAAUGGCUCCUACCAGCCCAUUCCUUCCACCUCCAACACUGCCGCCAGAAGACCCGUUAGCGAGCUGGGAAUAAGCCGACCGAGACUUGCGGAAGCGAAAACAGUUCGCCAUCGACGACCAAAUGAUUAUAAACAUAUCCUAGUUCCAUAA